AGAUAGCUCUUGGAUUUAGUUUCUCUUAAAAGUGACCAGUGGAAACUUUGUCUUUUCCAUGGCAACCGUCAACUAUUUGCACUAAUUUGCAAAAGAAAAGCUGUCGAAGUGUAGUGUGCUCUUGGGGAAUGUUAUAUUUGGUCUUUCUCAGUAAUAGAAGUCUCAUUAUUUAGCCUUUCAGUGCACCAGGAAACCGAACAAACAGACCGAGUGACCCUUUGUCAAGCACCUCUUCCCCUCUCAGGAUCAUUGCGGCCCUCGAGCAUUAAAUGGCACAGCUCAGCACGGAGAGGGCAUGCGGACGUCCCUCGAGUGGCCUUCUUUGAAUUUGUAGAAUAGAUUUUGUCCACAACUGGAGACAUUAAAAGAGGACACACUCAGGGUGGAAUUAAGAGACAUAUUAAAACAGCAGGACUGGGAUCAUGGACUGUUGCCAAAAAGGAUCUAACUUCACGGACCUGACCGGAUUUUGAAAUUGAAUUUGGUGAUCCACGCGACCCACCUUCUCAACAACAAAACUGCCCAUCUUUUCAAAAGCAGGAGACUUUAAUCUGUGGUUUAAAUGCAUGAAGUCUGAUCAUGUGCUGUUUAAUCAUAGUGCAUUUCCUAAUUUAGGCUCCUAUUUUUGUUUUAAACUAUGGAUAUGCAGAGGUCAUUUCUGAGUCCUGCAGUGUUUGAUUUGGUCAGUGAUGUGGACUUCAUGGAGUUGGUGCCAAACAAAUCCGUUUUGGCACCAAAGGAGACCCACAGCACAGAUUGCAAUGGACGGUACCAGGACUUGACUUCCAUCCACGCGCUCGACAUCUCAACAGCUCGAUCAAAUGACUUUUACGCGCUGUCAACAUCGCCCACCACGUCUCCGGUGCUGACCGUGAGCGCCAGUAACGGGAAAGCCAAACGCAAACGGGUGAUCAGCACCGUGCAGCGCCAGGCCGCGAACAUCCGCGAGCGCAAACGGAUGUUCAGCCUCAACGAGGCGUUUGACCGGCUGCGCAGGAAGGUUCCCACGUUCGCCUACGAGAAGAGACUGUCACGGAUAGAGACUCUGCGCCUGGCCAUCGUCUACAUCGCCUUCAUGACGGAC